CCAUCAGUAAUUCAUCAAUCACUUUGAUCUCGUAAAUAUAUGUCACAACCAUAUUAACAAGGAACGGAAUGUAAGAAAGAGGAGAAGGAGAUGGCUGGAAGGAAUGAAUUCAAGGAACUGGUGUUGCCAAGCAUGGCCAUGGUUGGAGUAGAGUGCUCCACUGUAGUCGGUAACAUUCUAAUGAAAGCUGCUUCUUCCAAAGGGAUGAGCUACUUCGUCUUCACAGCCUACGGUUAUAUAUUAGGCACCAUUGUUUUCCUUUCUUUAGCCUUCCUCUGUAACAGGAAAACAGCGCUCCCUCCAUUGAAGUUCCCUCUUUUCUCUAGAAUUUUCAUCUUUCAACUUCUUGGGUUUACAGGUCAAUUAUGCUUUUACAAAGGCUUACAGCUUAGUUCUCCGACUCUUGCUUCAGCCAAUAGCAAUCUCAUACCAGCGUUUACCUUCAUACUUGCCGUCAUCUUCAGGAUGGAAAAAGUUGCAUUCAAAAGUUCAAGUACUCGAGCUAAAUUCAUUGGCACCAUAGCUUCAAUCUUUGGUGCAUUUGUGAUUAUUUUGUACAAGGGCCCCAAAGUUAUUUCCUCUCUAACUUGGACAUCAUCAUCAUCAUCUUUAAUUCAAAGGCCUCUAGUGUUUAUGUCAUCUGAAUCAAAUUGUAUCAUUGGUGGCCUCCUACAAGUUGUUACAUUUCUUUUUGUUUCAUUUGAGUUCAUUAUCCAGUCUCAAAUAAUGAAGAUUUACCCAGAAGAGAUCACUGUAACUUUCUUUGGCAAGUUGGUUGGAGCCAUCAUAUCUCUACCUGUAUGCUUACUUGUUGAACCAAACUGGAGUUCCUGGAGACUCGGUUCUAGUUUAGCUGUUGUUUCCAUCUUGUACUCGGGACUUAUUGGGAGCUCCUUUUACUCUUUUGUUCAUAUCUGGGGUAUACACUUGAAGGGGCCUGUGUUUGUUGCAAGUUUCAAGCCAACUGCAGUUGUCAUUGCGGCUGUUAUGAGUGCUAUAUUCCUUGGUGAAGCAAUAUUUCUUGGAAGUGUGAUUGGAGCCCUAAUCUUAUCCGCGGGUCUGUAUUGCGUACUGUGGGGAAAAGCAAAGGAAGAACAAGAAAUGACAGAUGCAGGCACCAUUAAUGGGAGGGUACCUUUACUCCAAAGGCAACUAAGUUGAAGAAAUGAAAGUUGUGCGUCAGCCUAAUUUAAAACUAAAAAACGGGUUUAUAGGAUGCAACCAAAAAAAUGCGAUAAAUUUUUCGGUUGCCAACUGU